CGUUUUAUACAGUUAACCCUAAAACCCCAAAUCCUAAGAAGAAGGUGAUGGCGCUAGAGAAGCACAUAGAGAAGGUGCUUUUCAAAGCCGAAGUAAUAGCGGAGCGGGUGAGUCAGCUUGGAUCCGAGAUUACUUGUGAUUUCUCCGGUGAAUCGGAAUCGCCAAUAUUCGUCGGGGUAGCUACUGGUGCUUGCCUCUUUUUAGCCGAUCUAGUCAGGCGAGUCGACUUGCCUAUCGCUAUCGAUUUCAUUAGAGCUGAGUCUUAUGGCUCUGGUACUGUCUCUAGUGGAACUCCCAAAAUUUCUUUUGACUUAAAGCUUGACAUCACCAACAAACAUGUAGUCUUGGUUGAAGACAUUGUGGAUACUGGCAAUACACUCCACUGCUUGAUCGAGCACAUGAAAGCGAAAAAGGCAUCAUCUGUUUCAGUUUGCACUCUCCUGGACAAGCCAUCUAGAAGAAAGGUUCAUUUUGAGAUGGUCGGAAAGGGGAAAUUCUACAUUGGUUUUGAAUGUCCAGAUGAAUUUGCUGUGGGCUAUGGCAUGGACUUUGCAGAACAAUACCGCAACCUAUCUUACAUUGGCGUAUUGAAGCCUGAAUAUUACAUGAGUUGAAAAGUCAGUUCAUCUCAAAAGAAACCCAUACUUUUAAUAUGUGACUUUCCUCUUGUAUUACUGUUCAGAGCAGUAUCACCAAAGUUAUUAUUCUACACUUUUACAGUGAUUCUGAUGUAAAACACUAAUGCAAAUUGGUGUAUUAUAUGUUAUACUAUGAAUGUCUUGAGCAA